CACUGAUAUUUUACGUAUAACCUAAAGCUGCUCUCAUAAGAUAUCAAAUUUUGUACGAACAAUUCAAAAUCAACACAGUUGGGAACACUUGGUGUUUUAAUAUUCAUGAAUAUGGUUGGAAUUGGAUUAAAGCCACAACCUCAUUCGUUGUUUCAUCUUGUUCUAGCUGUUACAUUGUUUUCAUGUUCAGUUCAAUCCUUGAGGUUCGAUUUACCAUCUGGAUUCUCCAAAUGCAUCUCCGAAGACAUCAAGAAAAGUUGGAUGACGGUUGGAAAUUACUCAAUUGUUAAUUCAAACGAGGGUCAACCUUUACCCUCGGAUCACACCAUCGCUGUUACGGUGUAUAAGUCUGGAGACACUACAUCACUUCAUUAUGCAGAACAUGUUCGAUCGGGACAGUUUUCAUUUGUGGCACAAGAAAGUGGUUACUACUUGGUGUGUUUCUGGGUGGAUUCAACACGUGAUUCUGGAGUAACACUGUCUAUUGAUUUUGUGUGGAAAACUGGUGUGGUUGCUAUGGAUUGGUCUAAAAUUGCAAAGCAAACUAACGUUGAUAGAAUGGCAAGAGAGGUACAUGUUUUGCAUGAAACUGCAUUGUCCAUUAUGGAGGAGAUAAUUUAUCUUCGUGAACGAGACGAAGAAAUGUUAGAUUUCAAUUGGACAACCAACACCAGAAUGUUAUGGUUGAGUUUUGUUUCAUUUCUUGUCUGCUUCUCAGUAGCUGGGUUGCAACUAUGGCAUUUGAAGAGCUUUUUUAAGAAAAAUAAAAUCCUAUAAGUUUUUGUUAUGAUUUAGUAUGCAAUUUAUUUUACAUGCUCUGUAAGUUAUCUAUGAGUUAUAGUGGUUUCAAUUUACAGGAUGAGGUUAUUCCCUUUUCAGUUAAUGGAAAACAAUAAGCUAAGCAAUUGUUGAUUAUCUUUGUUUUGUGAAGUGUCUAAGCUUGGAAAUGUAUUGAUCUUGAUUUUCU